AUGUUGACGGAACAAGCUUCGCGCCUGACGCUCGCAGAUCCAGAGACAACAGAGCCUGCACGCAAAGAGCCUUUUGCUUCCGCGCAGGAAGGAAUUCGUCUGCAGCCGCGGCCAACCUGCGUUGCAUGCCACGGGGAAACAGCAGCCUUCAUCUUCCGUCUUCGCCCUUCUCUUCGUCUUCGUUCUCCUCUUCGUUUUCUCCGUCUGCUGCUUCACAUUGCUCUUUGGGCGAAUUCCCUUCAAGCGUUCGUUCGCUCUUUCUGUUUGACUGCGGCGAUUCUCUCCCUCACCUUUCGCCUCUUUUGUUUGUCGGAACUGGGGAAGGCCUCGUCUGGCUUCUCCCGGCCGGACUUCUCCGGGUCCCACGACGCCCCGCCGUCAGAGACAACCUCCGGCGCUCGCAGGCGCCCCGCCUCUUCGCGCAACAUUACCCAGCUGCAAAAGCUGCGCCUGGAGGGCGGGAGCGCGGGAGCGGGUGACCCACAGCCUCAAGAGGAGGACAGGCUGAAGAGCCACCGAGAAAGCCCGCCCGAGAAGGCAAAAGAGCCUUCCGUGACUGCACUGCUGGUGUGCGAGAGCCCAGAGACCAGCGCCGGGGAAGAAGGAAGAUUCGCGCAAAGGCAAAGCUGCAAAGACGAAGUUUCGGCCUUUCGGCAAUCGGCCACUCGCCCGUUGAUUCUAGGGUCUGAGCAAAGUUCCCCAGACUCGCGCGGAGCCGCAUCUCUGACUUCUUCUCUCCGGCCUAAUCGCACGCCUGCACUGUCUCUUUUCGUCUUCAAAGGAGACGCAGCAGGCGGCUUAACGCGAGCGCGCGUCACGUUCUCGCCCGCCGCUUCCCUCCCUUUGUCUUCCGGCUCUUCUGGUCACCCGCUCGCCUCCUCGCCGCCCUUGGACGGGGCUCUAGAGGCUUCGCCGAGGGAGCGGCCGGAGACGGAGCAGGCACACCCGGCGCGACGCCGCGGCGUCUGGGGGACUGGAGCGCAUGCAGUCUGCGUGGAAGUCGUCGAAGAGGGGAUCGUGUUGAUUUCCGGCGAGAACACGGAGGCGGGAAGACUUGCGGAGCCGCGAAGAGACGCGUCAACGGGACCUGUCGCGAGCUUGGCCUUUUUUCCGCCGUCGUGGCAGCUCUCCUCUUGCUCGAGAAGGAGCGAACAAGACGCGAGCUGGGACAUGCGGCCGGAGGCUGGUGACGACGCGACCAGAGCUCUGAAAGACGCGUGGUUCGCCGACUCCCACAGUCUGUGGAAAGGCGAAGGCGAGGAGGCGGUUGGAGGUGGUCGGGCUGAGAUUGGUCAACGGCGAGGACGGCCGGCGAAAGAUCUUCUCGUCGUCUCCGGGCAAAGAAGAAAUGUCGCAGUGUGGGGAGCCUGUGGAACGCAGCAGCUGUCUAUACACCCGAUAGGCUCGCGGCCGCAUGCAGGGACGUUCGCGUCCGUCCUUGCACCUGACGUGCUUUCGCCUGCACAACAGACGCUGGCGAGUUCUGGGGCGGCGCAGGGUUUCGGGAAGGACCCGAGAGAUGCGUCUCGUCUCCAAACCGUAGCCAUUUUCUCGGCUCGCCCCGGCGGACGCGUCUGGGUCGCAGACUCGAACUCCGGCAGUGUCCAGACGACGUUGCGUCUAGCCCCCACCAACGCCGCCUCUUCUCGCUCUUCCUCCUCGUUCGCGGAAAGUGAAGGGAGACGCCCAGGAGCGUCAAGAGUCAACGGGAAGGACGGAGAGGGCCAGAGGAAAGAAGAGACGGCGGCGUCGAAACCUCCUCGGGAAGCCUCGGAGCUCGCGUCAGGGACGCGCCCCGCUCUCCACCGUUUGUCCCAUUUGACGGGAAGCUGUUUUCUCUCCUGGAGCACUGUCGAGGACACCAAUUUCCCUUGCUCUGCAUUCUCUUCCUCGGCGUCUGAGACUCUGACUGCGCGCAAGCAGGCAGGAGCGGGUCCAGUGUGUGGGGAGUCCCCCCGCAGUGGCACCAGCGCGUCGGCCUCUCCUCCCUCUUGGCCGGAGACAGGGAGACAGCCAGGCGGCGCGGAAGAGCGCCCCGCUCCUGGGUCUCUCCGAGCGGGACUCGACGCACUCACAGACACCCUGUCCCCCACGAGAUCGAUCGCUUCGCCCCUUCAGCCGACCGCUCCGCAGCAGGCCUCGCAUUUGCACAUGCGCGACGACGUCGGUCUCUCUCUUUCGUCUCCUUCGUCUCGAGCCUGCCUGCCGCCUCAGCUCCCCACCGCCUUCGCCGGCGAGAAGCCUGCGGGCACGCGGGCCCUCUGGAAAGAAGACGGAGCAGAGCACAGCGGGCGUCGCGGCGAGGCUGUGGCGACAGGCGGCGCGUUGGAGACGAAGACAGAGGCUGUUGCGAGCUCGUCAGUGGCAGAGCGCGUCCUCCUCGUGGACGUUGGGAAAAUCCGAGUGCGCCGCGAGUGGAGACUCCCAGGCGGGGCGGUGCAUGCCGCCGUCCAUGCGCACGUCGGGGGGUUGGAGGCUCUCUUCCUCGUUGCUGGCCCCGCAGAGAGCCGAGGAAGGCGAGGAAGUUCGAGCGACGGGAUAUCCUCGCAGCAAAGGGGAGAAACAGCGACAGCGCGAGGAGACAGGGACGGUCAGGCGCGUGGAGCAGCGAGAGAGAGGAAGGCGACGCGCGACGAGGCCCCUGAUGGAGAGGCAGCGAUGACGCUGGGAGAUGCUGGAGCCUCGGCACAUCAAAGGAUCGACGCGCCAGACAACGAGGAGCGAAGAACUGCGGAGGAAAUGGGCACACCUGCGGCAGGUUUUGCAGCCGUGGACGGAGCGGAAGGCACGUGGCUGAGAGAGGAGGGACGCGUGGGAGUUGCGCUGGACGAUCGCUGUUUUCUCCUGUGUACUCUCGCCUUUGGUGAGCACAAAAGGGUAGUGGCGACGCAGCUUCUCUCGGCGCUUGGCGCGGCCUUCCCGGCAGAAGCGCACGCCUGGAGGACGCCGGGCGGGCGAAGGCCGUCUCUCUCUGAGACUUCCCGCGAGACGCACCGCAUUGGGCGCGAAUGCCCGGACGCCACACGAAGAAGCGGAGGUCUGCAGACGGGGACUGGCUUUCAAGCCGGGUUUCCAGAGAAUGGCGGCGCUUGGCGUCACGACAGCAUCCGGCCGGAGGAGCCGUGUCCGGGGCUUACUCGCCGCACACCGUCUCCGGAUCGGCCUUCGUCCUUCCCGCUGUCGGCGCCCCUGCCGCUCCCCGUCUCCGUGUCUCUGGAGGCCUUUGAUUCCGACCCGGAAAACGAGACUCUGUUCCUCUCUUCUCCGAGUGUCCUUGUGGACCAGGGCGGACCUGAGAAUCGCAGACGAGACAGGGACGAUUCCGCCGGAGGCGUAGGCUUUCUGGGCUCCAAUGCGCACUGGAAUGGGCAUCUGAUUCGCCUCCCCCCGCCUCUCGUCUCUUCCUCUUGCUCGAGUUCCUUCUACGCGCUUUCGCCGCCGUCUCCGAUCUUGGAUUCAUGCAAUCUUAGAAUUCAAGAUCUGUCUCUCUCGUUGACAGGGUGGACAGAGGCAGCCCUCGCCUACUGUCUGGCGUACGCAGUCGACGAGUCCGCGCUUCUCUCAGAUUGGUCAAUUCCAGCGGUUUUCCUUCGUUCUCGACGUUUUGCCCCAGCGCGUGCCUCCUCCCACAACUUGGGGCAGGAGCGAGGAGGACCGAGCGAUCUCUCGUCGCCGUUCUCUCCUUUCUCCUCUUCCUCGUUUCCGCUUCCUUCUCACGCUUUGCCUCUUUCGUCGCCUACUGCCUCUCGCGCUGGCCGUGGCGACGUCAGCCCUUUGGACGCACUCAAAAACAGAGACUCUGGGGUCAGUUUCUCCACGUCGAGUUCGGGACGAAGGCCAAGUGCUGUCCCCGAAGGUUCGCUCGCAGAACUGGCGAGCCGGCGCGCGCAUGCAGUCCUUCGUUUUCUUCUCCCUCUCAUCCGCGUCGCCGCCCCAAUGCUAGAGAUGCCGCUCUUUUCCAGCGUCAGUGUAUCUGCCGCGCAGGCGCGAAGCGGCCUCGAGUUUAACUCGCCGCUGCGCGGACUCCGCACGGACCAGAGAGAGGCGGAAAGCAGAAGCUGGAAAGGCGGAGAGACCCGCGAGAACGUGCAGGAAGUGGGAGGGAAGACAGCAGAGAGCGCCGGCUUCCAGGAAGGCGAGAAACGACAGGAGGGGGGAGUUCUGGAGACGAGCAGAAGAUGGGGUGUGGAACAUCGCGUGGGCCAUCAUGCAGGCGGUCAGAAGGCAGACAGAUGCGAGAGCACAUCGAGAGGACCCGAAGUUUCUCUUUUCUUUUGUCCGUCGUUUUUCAGAACCUACUUCGCGCCUCAGGGUUGCACUGCGCCUGUGCCUGGCGACAGCUUUUUCGCAGCGCAGACGUAUCUGCCAGUCUCUGUGAAAGAGACCACCGUCUCGUCCUCCGUUCCACUCUCUUCUUUUCUUUCUCUCCUUCGUCACUUCGCAGCAACCGUCGAGGCUCUCGAGGCUCUCACGUGCGCGACUGUGGCGUCGGCUGCUUCGUUCCCGCUAAGGAAUUUCCCUCCAGCUCGACCUGUCUCAGCUUCUCGCGUCCGUCAGCGAGUCGCCUGUCAGCCACACACACCAAAAACCCGGUCCUCUUCUGCCUCUUCUUCCUCUUCUUUGUCGCCGGAAUCCGCUGAAGAUGGCGCGUUGGGGCAGGCCGAAGUGCAGUGCGCCGGUGAAGCGGAAAUCUCCAAUGUCGAGACAAAACCGCUGGACGACGCAGCGGCGCUCUUUUCCGCCUCGCGGGAAAUGCAUGCGCACCGUGACGACCUUCGUGGCCCCGAACCCGCCCCACGAGAGGGCCCCAGAAACGCAAGCGUGGCUUUCCCGCGAGAAGGAAGUGACCCGGGAGUUUCAGCUGGGGGUCUCUUGCACACUGUGGCAGCAGCGUCUCAUGCUGCAACGACGGCGCUCCUCGGCGCGGCGACCAGCCUUCCUUUGCCGGAUUCCCCUGCCUUUUCUUCCUUUGCGAAUCCUCUCCGAGAAGGGAACACGCGACAAGGAUCGCUCUUCAGUCCUCUCGGGAGGGACGAAGAGGGGAUACGCGGGGCGUGGACGCUCGCUGCAGACGGCGUCUUCGUCUCGACGCUCGUGGAAACCCACGCAGCUUCUCCGCCGCCUUCGCUUUCUUCCGCUUUCUCGUCGCUCUUCAGAGGGGCUGUCGGAAAGGGAACGGCGAAUCAAGAGCGCGAGGGCGGCGGGGUCUCUUCCGCGGUGGGUGCAUCGCCCCGCGUUCCGGAAGAUUGCCUCGCUUCUGGAGCUUCGCCGAAGAGUCGCGACCUCCCAGCACAGGCUGACGGGGAGAACGAAGAGGCGACGAGACCGCCUCCCACCUCUCGACCCGCCAUUCCCUCGAUCGGAGACGCGAGGCGUGGAGGAGCCCCGACGAUGGCCCAGCUGGCCUUUCACGCCGAGAAGGAGACGCGAAGCAACGCUGGACACGCCGCCGUCGAGGCAGCCGCUGCGCUGGGCGUUUCCGCGGCGGGCGCGGCAGGAGCUGCGGCGGCGUUUGCGGUUUCCGAGGCGGCGGCUGCGGCCGGAGCGGCCUACGGGAAGGUGGCCUCGACUGUGUUUCAGCAGAGUGCGGGCGUCGCAGCAAGGGGAGCGGCCGAGGAGCCCGGUUUGCACCAGAUCGGCUCGACGCUCUUUAAAUACUUCUGGGGAGAUGAGGCGUCACGCGCGGGGUCGUUGCGAGCUGGCUCUUCGCAAGAAGAGGCGACGCCUGCGUCUUCACCUCUCGCUGCGGGGACGAAGGCGCCUCCGUCCUCGACUUCCGCCUCUCCGCAGAGUCUCGUGUCCCCAAAACGCCUCGCGGCUUUGGCUCCUGCAGCUGCGCCGUCCCCCUCGACGCGCUGCGGCGCUUCGCCCCUUUCCUCGCAGUGCCCAGGACACCUCGAGCACGCGAGAGGAGAGCCGUCCUCGUCUCAGCUCUCUGGAAGUGAUGGCCGAGUCAGCGAGGCAAGAGAAGACGAGCGCGCCGCCUCUGACUCUCCCGGAGCUUGUCGCAGCAGUCUGGUGUCUCCUCUUCGCGGAGGCGGAGCAGGACAGGGUGGCCUCGAAGAGCGCGAGGCUCUGGCGGCUCGCGCAGGCGCGGCGACGGAGCAGACGGAAGGGGGAGAAGAAGGAGCGGAAAGGCAUCGGAACUCAGAAGACGCGGAAGGAAGGACACACGCUUGCAGUGAAGAGUCUUGCAGGACGGGUUCUCCUGCGCUGGCGCCCCAGGCACGCGCUGGAGAUGGCCUGCUGUCGAGGGUGCUCGAAACGGCGAGAAGAGGGAAGGAUGAGGUCGAGAGGCCCACGAGAGGCGGGGGAGAUGAUGCAAGAUUUAAUGAUCUGGGACGUGUAUGGAGAGCAAGAGGACGCGAAGAUGUCACGUCCUUCCUUAAAGACGAAACCCUGACGGCGAGUAGCAUCGCCACUGCCGCUGCUGCGCUCUUUGAACUCCUCGCGCUCCUGGCAACUGCAUGCGCGCAAGACAAGCUCGAUUCGGCAUCCAACCCCCGCAGAGGAUCGACUCUUUCUUCCCGUCGCGCGUCCGCGAAUUCUUCGUGCUCUUCCUCCUCCCUGGCUCCUUCCCCGUCCCCUCCUGGGGGGUUCGUUGCCGAGGGAGUGGCGGGUGGCGCUCGCCGUGGCGCAUGCGACGCCGCAGAAAGCAGGGCGAAGACGCGAGAUGUGUCGUUUCUCUGGCCUGCCCUGGGCGUCCCGUGGCACGUCUCUGCAGCGUCUUUGUGCGAGUCACAUCGCGCGCUCUCGGGCGGCUUUUCUGCCUGGCUUCCUGAUUCCGUUUCAACCGCGACAGACGCAGUCUCGCCCGCCUCGGCCUCCCACGCUGUUGCCAUCUGGAUGCGUGAGCAGAAAAGCGAACCAAGUGGAAUCAUCCUCCCGGGUGCUUCCUCCGUUUCUCCUCGCCUAUCGUCAGCUUGUGGUUCUGCCGCCUUGCCUCUGUCGUGUCCCGUCGCGGAAGUCUUCGAGGAGAGAGAUGCGCUGGUUUUCUGUCACUGCUUCUUUCGUCCGGAAGCGGGAUUCGCAGCCGCAGCGUCGCGGGGAAGAAGAGACAGCUCCGCUCAAGAUCGCCGCUCGACCGAGCUCUGUCUGCAUGCAAUCUUGGAGGCAGUUGACCGCGUGAUUUUCGUCGCGAACGGCCUCGGCUGGUUUCGCGUUUGUGCCUUGAUGGCGUCAUGGUGGAGGGAUACGGAGGCCUCACAGGCAGUUUCCAGAAACGAAGCCCCUGGUUCUUUGUCCUUCGCGCGUGCUCUCCUCGGUGCCGAGCCUCAGCUGAAGUAUCUGCCGCUCGCUGCAGCGGUCUACGAGCUCUGCGUGGGGAGCAGAGGCCCGUUGCAAUUUUGGAGGGCCGGGGGAGAAGGUCGAGAGGAAACUGAAAGCGUCGGAGACAGCGAAGAAAGCCGCGAUGCAGAUACAGACGAAGAAGAGGAAGAACGGCACUUCAACGACGUUUUCGGGGAGGAAGAACAGUCCCACCGAACGGUUGGGUUUGGUGCGAUGGAGAGUGGAGACGAGAAGGCGCAGGGAGCGCCUGUGGGUCGGGAGAGUGAGACGGAAGAAGGAGCGCGAGAAACUUUCGAGCGAGACACGGUGGAAAGGAGGGGAGAGCGUCUGGAGGACGGGGAACAAGAGACGCCGCGGCGAGGGCGAGGGCGAGGACGCCUGGAUGGCGUAGGCGAGGCGGAAAACCAGCCAGAGAUGACGGUGGAACGCGGGACCUUGACGGCCACAGUUGAGAUUCCUUCUGUGUGGAGGAAACCCCGUGAAACAGGCUCGAACUUCCAAGAGAGAACAUGCGGUGCCUCUGCCAAGAAAAGACAUUCAAACCAUGUCCUGCUCUCCACGAAGCGAACACUGGUUUCCUCUGCAGGCUCCUCGGCGCACCUCAGUGUGGUCCAGAGGGCGACAGUGACGUCGCAGAUUGAGAUUCUCGCGACUGCAUGCGUAGCAGCCUUCCCCGCCGUUCUGCCUUGGAAUGUCCUUGCGUGGAUCUUCCGCGGGGCGUUUUCAGUUCAGAAGAGAAUGGUGAAGGAAGGAGAGGAAGCGACUCUGUGGCGAGGCACGCCGAGAGGGAGGGCGACGUCUCUCCCGGCGGUUCUCGAAAGGGAAGUUCUCUUCAACUCGCCGGACGGCGUGUGGGUGCGCCUCGUCUCGCACCUUCUGGGCGCAGCGGGGUUUGCCGACGAAGCGACACUGGAAAGACCGAGAGACGCAGGAGAGCACACAAGACGGACCACGCAGAGAGACACUCAGUCGCUCUCUUUUCUUUACGCUGUUUCGUCGGGUGGCUCCCAAAGGCGUGCGGAUCUUUCCUCGAGCUCUUUUCGCGCUUCUGUCUCUUCGGGCGCGUGCCUGUUGUUCCUCCCUUUGGCCGGGUUGCAGCUGUUCCGUCGCUAUCUCGCACGACUUCGGUGUUCGUCUUCCCUCCCGCGGCUGCGUCUUCCUGGACUCCAGAGCCUCCUCGCUCUUCAAGCGCACUUCCACCUGCUGGGCCUUUCGGCCCACGCCCGUCGCGAGACGCAUUUUCCCUCUUUGUGUCGGAAUUCGUCUAGCUUCUCGCCCAACGGAGCAGAGUCGCAUUCGUCCCGGCCGUCCCACCGCAUCGUUCCUCCGAGCAGCUUCGCUGCAUCUGCAUCGGACAGCCCUCACCAGCAAAAGGAGACCGGCGGCGAGAGGAUCCGGACUUCCAAUCACCCUGAGCACUCCCAGGAAUGUUCAGACACCUCCACACAACUCCUUCCUUCCUCAGGUUCCUCUUUGGAUGCUGCCGUCCUUUCACACUCUCGCGAAUCUGCCUCCCCCGCGUGGUGUGCGUCGCAGCCUCUGCCGGGGCGUGCCUCUCCUCACUUCUGGGGCCCCGAAUGUUCUGGCGGCUUCGACGGCGAGGCUGCAGGCAGCGUCGGCGCCUUCAUGUCGAGUCUUGUGGAAGACGCAGCGCUCGCCUCGUCCAACCUUGAGAACCCGAUGCUUUUGCACCCCUUCUCACGUGAAGUUCCCGAGCCGACCUCUCAGGACUCGGCUCGGGCGUCGUCGCGCGGCUGUGCCGCCGGCACGCCGCCGUCGGUUUCCUCCUCGCGAUCGACUUCUCCACCUCGCGACUCGCUCGCGUCUCUGCCGUCGUUCGCCGCGUCCUCCGUCGCCUCGGCGUUCGGGAGCUUCGCAGGCUCGGCCUCUGUCUCGUUUGCGCACUCCACUGGAGAGCGCAGUCGAGCGCCUGCCCUGGGGCAAGAAACCCAAACCGACGGUCCAAGAGAGCGGCGAGAGGCGCAAGAACAGCUUGGCGACGCCCAGGUGUCUGAACAGGGGGAGACAGGGGGGACGGAUCUGGAAAGGCCGAUCUGCGUCCGGGGGCGCGACGGCGAUUCAGGGGAACAAGAAGGGAACUCGGAGAACCUCGUGCCUGGUAGGCGCCCAGAUAGGGAAACCGAUGUGGAAAAGGAACUGGCUGCUCUCUUCUCUUUGCUUGAAGCAGCUCUCAGUCUCGGCUCGGCACUCCACGUUUGCCGUCUGCUCUCGCGCCACAUUCUUCCGCGACUUCUUGCUUCUCUGGUUCCUUCUACCUCGUCCGCUUCUCCUUUUCGGCCCUCGAGUGUUUCUCUCCCAUGGAUGAACAAUGGAAAGAGCGGCUCGGCGUUUUCGCGAGACGAACGACAGGGUCUCACGGCUGCGGAGCUUUCCCGAGGAAGCAAGGAAGGCGGACGAGAGGGAGAAGGAGAACGCGACGCUCUUAGCGAGUCAGGGCGACUGGAAGGAUCGGGAAGGGAAGAGGAGAGCAAAGCGGCUGAUUCUGCCAGGGCGAGCAAAAGCGAGAGUAGGCAGACAGGCCGAAGCGUCGCCGAGGGCGUCUCGCACGCUGGAGAAGGACGCGUCUGUGAAAACAGAGAAGAGCACGGCAAGAGAGCGCGAGAAAUCCUCCAAGUUUGUCUUCUUCGCUGCGCAGCCUUCCUCGCUGAGGGUCUAGCGCAAACCAGCUUUUUGCCGCAAUCACAGGAGGGCGAUGAGAGGCGAAACAGAGAGGCGAGGUCUCGCGGCGAGCGAUCCGGCGAAGAGGAGCGAGGAAGCGACGGCGGGGGAACGCAACAGGAGAGCGCAGGAGGCGUGAGCAGCGGCUUUUCUUCUCUGUCGGUUGCAGCUGAGGAACUUGAAACGAACGCGACCUCGGGUAAAGGAGCAGUAUAUCCUUGUUCUCUCUCUUCUUCGGCUCAAACGAAGACGCCCUCAGGUUUGUCUCUCGACGAGGUGGUGAACUGUUUCUUUCUCCUUCACGCAGCUCUCCAAGCACUCGAGGCGCGAAGGGAAGAAAGCGUCACAACGGCCAGAGGCAAGGAAGGAGUGAAUCCCGCAAGAGACGAGACGGAGACGGCGUCCCAGGCGCCGUGCCGAGCCAACGUGAGGCCCGCAGACCUCGUUCUCCUCUUGCUCGCAGCGUCUGCUUGCCACCCGGGUCUCGCCGCGUUCACUGCUACGAAUCGAGCGUGCGAGAGAGGGAACGAGACGAGAAAAGAGACGAGGACAGAGGGGACAAGAGAAGGAGAGCGGGAACAAGACAGUGGCGGAGUCGGGGAAGGCAGAGACUUGCAUCCGAAGCAGCGCGGAAAGGGUGGGGAGGCUGAGAACCGUGAGCGAAGUCCACCGCGGCGCAGACGCGAGAUGUCUCGGACGCUGUUUCCAGCAGACGGCGAGGACGCGUCAGAGGCCGGAGACCUAAGUGGCUGGAGAGUCGCAGUGAGGGGAGAUUCAGAAGAAACCGAGGAGGCGAGAGAAGGAAGAGAGGAACAAACGCUUUUCAGAGAACGGCAGAACGCUCCGACAAGCGACACGUCUCCGCCACAGUCUGCGCUUCAUGUCGCUUUCUUCUCUCACGCUUCUCGGGGCGCUCCUCGGGGUGCUUACAGGGCUUCUCCCCUCAACGACCGGACGCCUCCCUCCUCCGUCCUUUCCUGUGCCUUUUCGCCGGUGGCGUCUUCGUCUUCUUCCAGCUCUCGUUGGUCUCCCACAGAGUCCAGGGAUGUGUUCGACGACGCGGAGAAGUCGGGCAGCGAGUUCUCCUGUGAAGACGCGCGGGGAUCGGCAGGGACGCAAGACGACGAGAGCCGCGCAGGAGAACCCCCAGCGGAGACGCCCGAGUCUCUCCUCGAGGUUCUUCUCGCGCCGCCCUCCUCGGAUCCUUUGAGAUCUCUGCUCGAACGAAGCAGCGCCUUCUUCAAAGAGCGAGGCGAAGGAGAAGACAGAAGCGCAAGAGAAGUGCAAGGCGAAAGAGGAGCGAGAAGCGAAAGAGGACGGCAGGAUGCGGGAAGAGAAGAGACGGAAGCUGACGAUGAGAAAAUGAUGGAAGGAAAGACGGCUGAUGGCGAAGGCCGAUGUAAAGCUGAGGCGAAUAGAGAGAGGAGGUGCGCCUGCGAGGUAGACAAGCACAGCUCGGAAUGCAUGCAAAUCGUCGACUGGGCACGGGGCUGCUUUGGGCCACCGUCGCCUUGUCGCCACUUCGCCAUGGCAACGCUCCUGAAACUGCUUGAAAGGCGCGCUUCUGGGGGCUCCUCUGUCCACCACACUCUGGGUUCUUCUCCGUCGCCGUGGUUUUCCCGCGCGCCGCAGUUUCUAGACGCGGAAAAGGAGGCGUGCGUUCUCGGAGACGGGAAGGCAGGCGGAGACGGUGAGGACAAAAGCGACGAGAGAGACGGAGGAAUCGCUCUUCUGACUCCAGAGCCUGUGCAACGAGCAGUGGCGAUCCCCGUCUCAGUUCACCUCGCCUUCCUGUCCCGAGCGCACGCUCUCCUCGCCGCGAUUUCGAGCCACCAGCGGCUCCACGUCGCUUCCGCUUCGAAAGACCGCGGAGUCGAAGAACAAGGAUCUGCUGACCGAGGGAAAACCGUCCGUCUCGUGCCGGAUCCAGGAGUCCUGGAUCUUCUCACGUGUGUGCAGAAACGCGCGGGGCCGAUGCCCUCUCCCGCUUCUGAAAACGUCGCUCCCAUCCCGUCGGGAGAAGAGAGAUUUGUGUCUCGCAGCAGGAAUGAAGAGGAGUGUUUCGCCUCUCCAGGAGGAAACGGCGAGACGGUUCGUCGCGAGGCCCUAUGCCGUCGUCCCGUAUGCUCGGCCUCGAGCGCCUUCCUCCUCCCUGCAGCAGACGCGCCUGGAAAGACCUCGAGCGUCCCGUUCUUUCUCUCGCCGAUUUCGCCGUCUCACGCGGCGCCUGGAGACUUCUGGCGUCUUCUCAGCGGCCUCGCCUUAGCUGCGCGAGGGCGGGAACCGCCGUGGCUGUUACCGGCCGCUGCCGAUGCCGCUCGCUUCGCCUCGGAGGAUUCGCACGCCGAGGGAGAGCUGAAUUUGCGUGCGUGGGGCGACGGCCGAGGUUUGCGUGGGGGCGCGCAACCCGACUCUUUUUCCCGCCAGAGCGGCGGGCAGCGAAGCAGUUUGCGGGAUUCCCAGCUCCUCGCGGGCGCUCUCGCGACUCUUGAAGCACCACGAGCCCCGCGUCCGUGCGACGGCGUCUGCGGCGCGAGCGAAGGACAAGGAGACUUGUUCCCCGCGGAAGAGUGUCUGUACACUGGGAAGGCGGACCAGCCGUCGACGCCUGGCGAGAGCGUUCCGGGGGGUCCGGCGCGAAAGGACGAGCUGAGACGAGACCUGAGGGUGGCUGCGUCUUGGCAAACACAGCGAGCGGCUGCACACUCAGCGAGUUCGCCUCUUUCCCAAGGCUCCGCUGCAGCCUUCGCGCCUUCCCAGCCUCUGGGGGCGAAGGGCGUUUUCAGCGGUGGUGGGGCGUGCGUGAGGGGGGUGGGAAAAGCGCAUCGCGGGCCUUUUCCGAGAGAGGGAGAGCCCGGGUGCGAGCCUUGGGCGAAACUGCAUGCAGCAGUCGGCGGGAAGGGGGCUGCGUUGCCUCUCGGCGUAUCAGAGAGCGCCGAGAGCUCGGAGCGUUUCCUCAUUCGCAGAAAGGAGGCUCUGCAGGACUUGGCGGUGCGGUCCAGAUGCGACCGGAGACUCCCCCAGAGAGGCGCGAACUUGGAAAGUUCGACAGUUGCCGCUUUGGCUGCUUUGGAGGAGACAAUGCAGAAGAAGUGGAAUCGUUCCUUCGCAACGAGAGAGGGCGAGUUCCAUGCGGCACCACGAGAGGACGCGAAAGUGCGACAGGAGAGAGAAGGGAGCGAGAGAAAGGCGAUUGAAAAGAACACGAGAGAACGAAAGAAAGGGACACGCGAAGAGAGAAAGGAGAAAGAGAGAGCAGAGAAGAACGAGGAGACAGAAUUGAGCGGGGACGAGCUUCCUUUUGGGAGUCCAGGUCGGCGAGGCGUUUGCGGUGACACAGCCGAGGAAAACGGAAAGAGCGGCACUGGAGAGCAAGUGCGAACUGCUCAUCCGGUUCCUGUCUCCUCGCGACAGAGCAGCGAGAGGUCGAGUUUGACUUCCCCCUCGCCGGGGAACGGCCAAACUCGGCACGUCUUCUCUCAUCCUCUUGCGUAG